AUGGCGCCUCUGAGUCACUUAAGCGGCUACAUCAAUUCCACCUGUGUGGCAGAAAACUCCACAGGUGCCAACCAGGCCCACCCACAUGCCUACUAUGCCCUGUCCUACUGCAUACUCAUCUUAGUCAUCGUCUUUGGCAACGGCCUGGUGUGUGUGGCUGUCCUGAAGGAGCGAGCCCUGAAGACCACCACCAACUACCUGGUGGUGAGCCUGGCUGUGGCAGAUUUGCUGGUGGCCACCUUGGUGAUGCCCUGGGUGGUAUACCUGGAGGUAACAGGUGGAGUUUGGCAUUUCAACCGCAUUUGCUGUGACGUUUUUGUUACCCUGGAUGUCAUGAUGUGUACAGCCAGCAUCCUGAACCUCUGUGCCAUCAGCAUAGACAGGUAUACUGCGGUGGUUAUGCCAGUUCACUAUCAACAUGGCACUGGGCAGAGCUCCUGCCGGCGCGUGGCCCUCAUGAUUACAACUGUGUGGGUACUGGCCUUUGCUGUGUCCUGUCCUCUCCUCUUUGGCUUCAAUACCACAGGGGACCCCAGCGUCUGCUCCAUCUCCAACCCUGAUUUUGUCAUCUACUCCUCAGUUGUGUCCUUCUAUGUGCCCUUUGGGGUGACUGUCCUCGUCUAUGCCAGGAUCUAUGUGGUGUUGAGACAAAGGAGACGGAAGCGGAUCCUCACUCGUCAGAACAGUCAGUGCAUCAGUGUCAGGCCAGGCUUCCCUCAACAACCCCUCUCUCCUGGCCGGGCGCAGUCGGAGCUGAAGCGCUACUACAGCAUCUGCCAAGAUACCGCCUUGAGGCAACCAGGCUUCCAAGAAGGAGAGCUGAAAGGGGAGGAGAGGAUGCGGAACUCCCUCAGCCCCACCAUGGCACCCAAGCUCAGCUUGGAAGUUCGAAAACUCAGUAAUGGCAGGUUAUCAACAUCCCUGAAGCUAGGGCCCCUGCAACCUCGGGCAGUGCCACUUCGAGAGAAAAAGGCAACCCAGAUGGUGGUCAUUGUACUUGGGGCCUUCAUUGUCUGCUGGCUGCCCUUCUUCUUGACCCAUGUUCUCAAUACCCACUGCCGGGCUUGCCAUGUACCCCCAGAGCUUUACAGUGCCACAACAUGGCUGGGUUAUAUGAACAGCGCCCUCAACCCUGUCAUCUACACCACCUUCAAUGUAGAGUUCCGCAAAGCCUUCCUCAAGAUCCUGUCUUGCUGA